CAGAGAGAUGCACUGUGUGUUCCUCCACCGUCGGCACAGGUAUUCCUGCUGGGACUCCUCUGCAAAUACUACCGCGACCACGUGACGUGCUGCUUGCUGAAGACAAUCUAAGAGCAGGUGCGCGUAUUGCUUGCCACAUUUCACAGACACUCUUAUUUGUCAUUGUUUGCGCUGUGUUGUAAGAUAUUUUUAUAAGCGUUUUAACAUCUCUGAAACAAGUUGGCCUUUUUAAAGACGGUUGCAGCCCAUUCAUUCACUUUGCUUUAAGAAGAUUUUGACUUUUAAGUUUUGUUGCCACUGGUCAUACGAGCUGCUAUGACAGAUAACUAUAGCCACAGGGCACCGGAUGGGGGGUCGGAAUGUGUCUCCAUCCGGAGACCUCUGUACAAGACCCAGACUUUCAGGAACCAAUUCAUGAAGACUGGUACCACACAGAAAAGUGUCACUGAGUCAAUUAGACAGAAAGCACGAGAUGCGUGUGAAUGCACGCCGACCAAGAGGAAAAAGUGUCUGUUCAGUUUUCUCCCGUUCUUGAAGAUCAUGAGAAAGUACAAGUGGCGAUCGGAUCUUCCUAACGACAUCAUCGCUGGACUGACGGUGGGAAUUAUGCAGCUACCGCAAGGUAUGGCGUACUCUAUGUUGGCGGACAUGCCCCCCGUGGUCGGGCUCUACAUGUCGUUCUUCCCCGUGCUCGUCUACUUCAUAUUCGGGACGUCUAAGCAGAUCUCAAUGGGUACUGUAGCGGUUGUGAGUCUGAUGACAGGGGGUAUAGUCGCCACACAAACCAACCUGUGGAGAGAGGCGCGAGGCCUACAGAUAGAGAACACUACUAUACUGGGACUGAACGGGUCUGAUGGGUCACCGGAACAGGUUGCCGUGUCCGAGGACGAGAUACGGUUCAAGAUAUCUGUUGCUGCGACUGUGUGUUUUCUCACGGGCCUCAUCCAGGUCGGCAUGGGCAUAUUUCGUGUGGGGUUCUUGACCACCUACAUGUCCGACUCACUGGUCAGCGGAUUCACCACCGGAGCGGCAGUUCACGUGUUCACCAGCCAGGUCAAAUACGUCUUUGGGAUCAAGAUUCCUAGGUUCCCAAACCUGUUCCAGAUAAUCAGAACGUACCAAGCCAUCAUCCGCGAGUUGCCCAACACCAACCUGCCGGAGAUGGGCAUCUCAUUCAUCUGUAUCGUCAUCAUCUACCUCGUCAAGGUGCAGAUCAACCAGAGGUUCAAGGCCAAGCUGAAGGUCCCCAUCCCUAUCGAACUCAUUGUGGUUGUGAUCGGUACAGCUGCUAGCCAUUUUGGAGGGUUCGUUGAAAUGUGGGGAAUCAGGACGGUUGGCCACAUCCCUGCUGGCUUGCCCGUACCCGCCCCGCCAAGUUUCGUCAACGUCAGCAGUUACGGCACAGACUGCAUUGCCAUCGCCAUCGUCGCGUUCGCACAGUCUGUAUCCCUGGCCGUCGUCAUGGCCAACAAACACCACUACGACAUCGACUCCAACAAGGAACUGGUUGCCUAUGGUUUCGGCAAUGUGUUCGGGUCUUUUUUCUCCUGCUACCCCUUCGCUGCCUCAGUUUCCAGGAGCUCUGUGCAGGAUUCGGCCGGAGGCAAGACUCAGGUGACCAGCAUUUUCUCAGCCUGUCUGGUCCUCAUUGUGAUCCUCUUCAUUGGGCCCCUGUUCCAGUCUCUACCUAACUGCGUGUUGUCUGCCAUCAUCAUGGUGGCACUGAGGUCCAUGUUCCUACAGAUCCUGGAACUAAGAUCACUCUGGAGGAUUUCCAUCUACGACUGUGCUAUCUGGAUAGUGACGUUCGUGUGCGUUGUGGUCCUCCACGUUGACAUGGGCCUCAUGAUCGGCAUCGUCUUCUCCUUCUUCACCGUCGUCGUCAGGACGCAGCUAGCAAAAGCCUCAUCACUAGAGAAGGUCUCGGAUGUGGAGGUACUCCAGAAGGGUGCACAAUAUGAAAAGGCGGAGAAAUAUCAGGGCAUAAAGGUAGUCGGCUUCAACGCCCCCGUCUACUACGCUAACGCCGACAUCUUCAUGCGUCACGUGUACACCGUCACGGGUGCUAAGCCCGAGAGGAUCCUGAAAAAGAUGAAGAAACUGCAAAAACAAGAUCUCAGCAGACUGCACAGUCAGCAACAGUUGAUCAACGAAGGAACCACUGUAUUGCAACUGGAACCAAAGAAGAACGGCAUCACCAUCAACCCCGAUCCUCCAUGUAACGAUGAGAAGAUGAACAAGAGGAUGUCUCUGUCUGGCGUUAUCGUGGAGGACCCCCGCCCGUUCCACCACAUCGUCAUUGACUGUUCCGCUAUGCACUUUAUGGAUCCAGUCGGCGUUAAAAUCUUCAAACAGAUCUUCACAGAUUACAAUAACGUGGGAAUUUCGGUGUUUCUUGGUAAUGUCAGAGAUGAGGUCUGGUACGUACUGGAGGAAACAAAGUUCGUGGAGACAUAUCAUGAUUGUAUCUACCUCACGACAUAUGAUGCUGUGAUGGCGGCCUCUACCGAACGGAAAGCCAAUGAUCUCGUCCAGGAUGUGUAUAUCACACACAUGUAGACACCACUUCUGAGAUAUUUUAUCAGCGCAUCCUUGAACCGAGAGUUUCAAAGUCAAGCCGGACAAGUGGAGGUCAAGGCCAUGUCUUACCAUAUGCCGUUUUUGGAAGCGAAUAGAAGCUACUCGGUCUGCAAUUCUCAAUUGUGUGGAUAAAAGAUUCUUUGAGGUGUUAGUUACUCUCGAAUACCAUCCUUGAUUUUCCAUUAAAUUGAAAUUUUUUUUAAAACUCAUUCACAAUCAAAACGUCCGAAACGAGGCUAAGAUUAACGAACAAUCAUAAUACCUUCGAGGGCGAGAGUAAUUGACAGCGUGUAUGGAAAUUUAAGAUUUUCAAUAGAAACUCAUGUAACGCAGAGAGACAUUGUAUAUACAACGGAUAUAAUUCCCUGGUUAACCGAGGAUGGGUUACUACUCAUGAAGGAAAUGGAACGUUUAUAUCUGGGAUCAUAUACACAAGUCUGUAAUUCCGGGACUGGAGGCUCCCAAAAGCUCCGUAUCGGUAUGCAUGUUUACCCUCAUAUGUUCCUCUUUCGGAUAAACACUUCAUUACCUAGAUUGUGCAAUCACGGAAGAUAUUUCCUUUCAAUCAAAAUAUGCUUUUCACACUUACACACACGAAAGGUUGUUGAAUUGUUCAAAUUUAAGGUUAUACACCAACUCGCAUAAAAAUGACAUCCACUGAAACACUAAAAGGUUGUCAGCGCAUGUUUUUUGGAUUUAAAACAGUUCCUUCUUUGUGGAUGUCUUUGUCACAUUAGCGUUAAAAUUAGCAUCUGUGUUGUCACUGGUUUGUAUCAUAUACCACGUGACUAUAGCCUCGUCCUGAACAUAUUCACGUGACCAACUCGUGUCAUUCCGUGACAAAACCUUACGGAAAUACGCGAGUGGUGACGAAUGUUCAACAUAUAGUUGUAUCAACUUUAUGGGCAGUUAUUAGUAGAUCGUAGUAAGACGUAGUACUUAUUUUGCUUAGAAAGUAUGCGAGGGAGUAGAAUAUUCCUAUGUAAAUAAAUUCAUAUCAGUGUUGAUGUCAUGGUCUUUCAUGUGUAUAUACUUCAUCAAAUUACUUGUAAAUACGUUUGUGUACAAAUAUUUUCCAUAAAUGACAUCUAAACUCGAAAGUGUAUCUAUGGAAACAAUUCUAGUGAAAAUAUUAUGGUGAUUAUGUCACAAUCAUUAAAAAAUGUAAUCAUCAUCCUUAUCGUGUAUAGACAAUGCGUUACACCUCUACAUUUGCAGAAUGCACCGCGAGCAUCUUUCUGUGACAGACCGGUGUUCAGUUGUUGAACUACAUCCGUAACCAUUCGUGUCAUUCCGUGGCUUACGGAAAGGUGCGAAUGGUGACGAAUGGGGAUAAACUGGUGUCUUGUUAUUACUCAGGAGUACCCGAAAUCUGUGGGCAAAAUGUAUCGGAACUAGAAAUAAAUGAUUUUAUUGAUGUA